AGAAACAUCCGGGUCUCUCAGGUUCCUGUCUGGCGACCCGUCGCCAUUAGAGCAAGCUCGUCGUAACCGCUCGAAAAAAUUGGUUAAAAUACUCAAAUUGACGUGUUUUCCAGCUUUUGGAAAACAUUUAACGCCUUGUUAAGGGCACAUAGUUUUCCUUAACAAGAAAAAAAGCCUAAACUCGGGGGGUCUUGGCCCCGCGUGGCGAGCUUUCGUCCUCUCUUCCACUAGCCUACAUAACUUGAGACGCCGAAAUCGUGUCUCUUUUUUUUUCUUCGGUUUGUUUUGUUGUCAAGAUGUCGCCGUGAUGGGGUCUCCGCGUUUGACAGAAAUGAAUCAGGGCCUUCGUCGCCUGACCCGCACUCAUUGCAGCCCACUUUCCUCGUUUGUUUUUCUGUUUGAUGCUAGAGAGCUCGGCGGCUCUCUGCCCGGAGCUCGGCCUCGACACCGCUCACUGCACGGAGACAGACAUGGAGAAAAAUCCCAACAGCAGCACCAGCACCAAGGUUCCUCCCCGUUCCAGCUCCACAGGCCCAACGCCGGGCGAAUCUAAACCCAAAUCCGAUGGUAAAAACAAUGGGGGCUCCAAACGCUACAGUCGGAAGCGUGAACCCUCCUUUCCUAAAGCCGAUAGUUUCCCAGGCCCUCGCCGCACCAAUUCACAGAAAAGCAAGAAUUUUGACAAGAGACCCCCUCAGAGAGGUGGCGGGCGACAGUAUGGGGCUGCAGGUGGAGGACGACGCGAGGAGGUAGCAGAGACGCGCCGGGCCGAGUUUAGCCCGGCUCAAUUCGCUGGACCGAAAAAAAUAAGCCUGAACCACCUGCUGAAUUUCACUUUCGAACCUCGUGGAGGUAGUGGUGGCGUCGGAGAUGGCGGCCAUGCCUGUUGGGGCCGCCGAAACAAAUGGGGCCACAAGCAUAAGCCCUUCAACAAGGAGCUUUUUCUGCAGGCUAACUGUCAGUUCGUGGUGACUGAUGACCAGGACUACAAGGCUCACUUCACCGAUCCAGACACUCUGGUCAACUGGGACUCAGUACAGCAAGUGCGCAUCUACAGCCAUGAGGUGCCAUCUUGUCCCAUCUGCCUGGAACCUCCCUUGGCAGCACGGAUCACUCGCUGCGGACAUAUCUUCUGCUGGCCAUGCAUGCUGCACUACCUGUCUCUCAGUGAUAAGAGCUGGUCCAAGUGCCCCAUCUGCACUGAGGCCGUGCAUACCGCCGACCUGAAGAGUGUGGUUGCUAUGGAAACCAGGCAGUAUGUGGUCGGGGAUGUGAUCACCAUGCGCCUGAUGCGGAGGGAGAAGGGAGCUCUGGUGGCCAUGCCGAGCUCUCAGUGGGUGAAGGUGGAGGAGCCUGUUCGCUUUGGCGACGCUUGUUUGAGUCCGUACUCCAAGCUGCUGCUGAUCUCGCCAGAGCAGGUCCUGAGCCUGGUGGCCGAGGAAAAGGCAGCACUUCACGCUCAGCUGAGCUGUGAAGGUGAUGCAGAAGGCUGCUUCAUUCAGAGCGCACUUUGCCAUUUACAGGAGCAAGAAGAAGUGUUGCUGAAGCAGCAUAAGGUAAAUGCAGAGAGCCUCGACUUGUCCUUUCUAACUCUGAAAGAACCUCCUUCUCCUGUGGAGGAAGUGGUGACAAACAUCAGCAGUGCUAAGCCCGUGCUGCAGUACUCGUCCGCGUUUGACGAUGAGGUGGAGGAGCCUCCUGAGGAGGAAGAGGAGGAGGAGGAGGAGGCGGCAGCAGCGGCAGCUGCUGAGCUGCCAGGGUUUCCUGAAGCUGUCCUGGAGAGUGUGCUGGAGGAGCCUCCAGAGGCCGUGAUGGACGCAGCUCCAGAGCUCAGUGAGGAGAACCCAGCAAGCCAGGCAGAGUCCAGCCGCCCCUCAGCCAGCGUGGUGCACGGGCCCUACUACUAUUUCUACCAAGCGGAUGACUGCCAGCAGAUGUUCCUUCAUCCCGUGAAUGUGCGCUGCCUGCUGCGCGAAUACAGCAGCCUGGAUUCCAGUCCCGAUUCCAUCACUGCCACAGUGGUGGAGAUUGUGGGACACACAGUCACUGAGGACAUCCGUCGUCGGCAUCGCUAUCUGGCUCAUUUGCCGCUCACGUGCGAGUUCAGCAUCUGUGAGUUGGCGCUUCAGCCGCCCAUCCUGUCCAAAGAAACUCUGGACACAUUUGCAGAUGACUUGGAGAAAAGAAAGCGCCUGAGGCAGAAGAAGGCCAGAGAUGAGAAACGCCGGGAGAAGCGAAUUGAAAUAGAGGAGAACAGGAAGCAGGGUAAAUAUCCUGAGGUCCACAUCGGACUGGAGAACCUUCAGCAGUUCCCAGCGUUUGGCUCUCCACCUCACAACAGCAGUCCCCCCAUUCAGCCUGACUUCACUUUCAACCCUCCUUCUCCCCUCAGCAGCAGUCCUUCUGAUGGGGCGGGUUUCCCGUGUCUGAAUGUGCCCUCACCGGUCGUGGGCAGCGUUGAGGAUGAUUCCCACUGCAUGUCUUUUGCACAGAUGCUGAAAGACGGGAAGGCCCGAGGUGACGCUGGACCCAGGAUCACUCCAAAGAAAGAUAAGCUGCUCGCUCCCCCGGCGGCUGACAGUGAUGGCGAGAGCGACGGCUCGGACCGAGUCCCUGUGCCCAGCUUCCAGAACUCCUUCAGCCAGGCCUUCGAGAAGGCUCUUCUGCAGCUGGACAACGGUCCGGCUUCUCCUCCGCACCCGGUGGUCGAACCAGAGGAAAAAGGAGGAAAGAAGAAAAAGAAAAAGCAGAAGCUUCUGUUCAGCACCUCCAUGGUUCACACAAAGUAAACACUGAAGUCCAUUUAACCACGUUGUUUUGCGAUCUUUCCACAGCUUGUGUUUCGACUUCCACUCAGAUCUUUCUUGGAGCGAUAAGCGAUAGAAAUAGGUUUCCGUGUGUAGCCAAAGUUCAUGCUGCUCUCCGCCUUGUCCCGCUGGCUUAAGCCUCCAUCGACUUCAUUUCCGUCAUCUUUUGUUCAUCAAGUUGGUGAAAGCUUUGCGUCAUCCUCGUGUCACUAUGCACGACUGAAAGCAUUUGUUCAGCUGCCAGGUAACGCUAGAAAUAUAACGGGCUGCUGCCUCUGUUAUCACGUAUCCUCGAGGCGUUUCAUGACCUCCACAGACCUGACUACACCACAGCAGUUGCUGAAUUGGAUCCAAUGCUUUUUAUUGAAGACCCAUAAGUAAUAUGGACAAGAUAUCCUAAUGGUGCUAUACAUUGGAAAAGCAGUCAGCCAGCUGCAGGUACUUUGCACCUUUGAAUCUUUCCAGGAUAGUUGGCAGCAGCACAUUGUCAAUCAGAAAUUUUACCUUUAAUCAGAAGGAAACAAAGCACUUUUUUAGUGUUUAUCAGAUGUGAUCAUUUUGGACUCAGACCUAGACAAUAGAUUUUUUUUUUUGGACUGCAAAAAGGUAGUGUUGUAAGGCCAACUUUGAUGCAUUAUUUUCUGCUAUAAUAGAACUGAGAAAACAGUGUUAUUAAAACAAAAAAGGAUCUAUGGGUUCAGUGGGAUUGAGGUAUAUAUAUUUUUCUGGUUAAACUACAAAUAUGCACCUUCUUAAUCAGUUUUCCACCUGUUUCAUCUUCUGUUGUAGGACGUUUACUGACAGUCCCAUUUCUCUCCCCUCACUGCAUUAUUUCAGUGUUGAAAACGUGUGAAGCUAAAAGAAGUGCUGACAUUUAACCAAUGCUCCUGAAGAGUUUUGAGAUUUGCUUUGUUUGAGGGUUCUUUCAUUCAUCUUUAUUUUGAGCAAGUUGAUAGACUAGUUCGCAUAACUAGUCUGGUGUAAUGAAUAAACAACCCAUGCACAAUCA